UUUUUUUUUUUUUCUCGCAUCGCGGAGCAGCCCUAAACACAGCCAGAUCGGAUAUCUUCUGUCUUGUACCUCUCACGCACAGAUACGAAUUGCAGAAGUCGAUUGACGGUCUAGUCUGGAGGAUAUUUUGAGAUAAAAUCAAAUAAAUCGCAACUGUGAGAGCAGAUGAAUGAAUAAUCGGUGAUGAUGAAGCAAGAGCAGGCAACCCUAGGCCCGAAUCCCCCAAAUCCUCCUCCUCGGAGGCCGAGGGUGAGGGAGGUCAGUUCCAGGUUCAUGUCUCCAAUUGCUUCUCCCUCCUCCUCUCUUUCCCCUCUUCCGUCCAAUAAACAGCGCUCCAGCUCCUUGCAAAGGCAGCGCCGCAGCCAGGAAUUGGACGCCGACUGCAGCCCGCAGCGAAAACAACAACAACAACAACAACAACAACAUCAUCAGCGUGCUGUGGUCAAGCUUUCCAAGGAGAACGAACCAAGAUCCCAUACCCAUAGUCACAGGCCCGAUACCCCUACACUCAACCCCAUCAACACAUCCUCUUACUCUAAAUUACUAUUGAUGCAUCAACGUUCCACCUCCAACAUCAACAUAUCAUCGGCUGCUGCGAAGCUGUUGAAAUCCACUGGGAUCUCCAUUUCCACUGAUUCCUCUUCGGAUCAUCACAACAUCAAUAAUGAUGUCAGAAGCUCUCUUCCUGAUCUCCUCGGCGAUACUGAUACUAGAUUUCUAGCGGAGAGAAAUCUUAACAGGCUUAAUAAUAAUAACAAUCCGUGUGCUUCCCCUUGCUCCCGUUCUCUCAAUUUACAGCGAUCUACAAGCAGCUGCGAUCCCUCCUUGUUUCAUUCACUCAAAUCUGCAAAGCUGCCUCCAGUGGGCCCUUGCUCCAAGAUCCCUAUUGAUGCUUCUAGAAAAACAAAGAAAGUUUCUAGUCACCAAGAAGAUGUGCAAUCUCUCAAGCUGCUGCACAACCACUACCUACAGUGGAGAUUUGUCAACGCAAAAGCACAGGCUUCCACACAAGCUCAGACAAGCGAAACUGAGAGAAACCUGUAUUCCCUUGGUGUCAAGAUAGCAGAAUUAUACAACUCAGUGAAAAGAAAACGCGUUGAGCUUGGCCUUCUGCAGAGAAUCAAACUUCUAUGGACCAUCGUUGAAGCUCAAAUGCCAUAUCUGGAUGAAUGGUCAGCUUUUGAAACGGAUUAUUCAGUAUCCCUGUCAGAAGCAAUUCAAGCUUUGUUGAAUGCCUCACUUCAAGUUCCAAUCAGUGGAAAUGCUAGAGCUGAUAUUAGGGAGGUAGGGGAGGCAUUGAACUCUGCAGCAAAAUUGAUGGACACAAUAGCUUUUCACAUUGAAAGCCUUAUGCCAAAGGCUGAAGAAACAGAACAUUUGAUCUCAGAAGUAGCUAGGGUGACUGGAGGAGAAAGAGGUCUUAUUGAAGAAUGUGGGGAUCUGUUGUCAGUGACAUAUAAUUCACAGGUAAAGGAAUGCAGCUUGCGAGGGCAGCUAAUUCAGUUCUAUCAGAGCCGUCACAAUCAACAACAGGGAGAGGAGCAAUAAUGGACUCCGUAUUAUUUCUUUCUACAUACAUGAAGCAUGGAUGGAGUAGAUAAGUAGAAUCAUCUCAUGAAUCUCUCUCCGAUUCUGCCUCAAAUGAGCUUUUUUGGGGCCAUAUUGUUUGUGGCUUUGCAUUUACAAUAUGCAUGCAAAGAGUAUGUCUUUUUUUGUUUUGUUUUGUUAUGGUAUUGUAUGUACCACCAUAGCAAGCAAUAUUAAACUGUAAUAAAAAUCACCAAUUGGAGAGUUUUGUCAUGGCAAUUUAUGACGUGUA